CCCAAGGAGCACUGUCAUCCGAUCCCACUACAAAAGCCGACUAGGGUUUAUAGGCGCCCCAGAUAAGAGCCCUCUCCCCCUCCCUUCCUCCCUGCUCGCGCCGCCGCUCCCACCCCUCCCGUCCCUCCUCUCCUUCCCGGCGCCACCCAGACGCUCGAGUCCCCGACCAACCAUGGCGGCAGCGGCCGGAGAAGCCCCGCGGGCGCUGUCCCAGAAGGAGCAGGACGUACAGAUGAUGCUCGCCGCCGACGUCCACCUCGGCACCAAGAACUGCGACUUCCAGAUGGAGCGCUACGCCUACAAGCGCCGCUCCGACGGCAUCUACAUCAUCAACCUGGGCAAGACAUGGGAGAAGCUCCAGCUCGCUGCGAGGGUCAUCGUCGCCAUCGAGAACCCGCAGGACAUCAUCGUCCAGUCCGCCCGCCCCUACGGCCAGCGCGCCGUCCUCAAGUUCGCGCAGCACACCGGCGCCAACGCCAUCGCCGGGAGGCACACCCCUGGUACCUUCACCAACCAGAUGCAGACCUCCUUCAGCGAGCCCCGCCUGCUCAUCCUCACCGACCCAAGGACUGACCACCAGCCCAUCAAGGAGUCUGCUCUGGGGAACAUCCCUACCAUUGCCUUCUGUGACACCGACUCUCCCAUGCGAUAUGUCGAUAUUGGCAUCCCAGCAAACAACAAGGGGAGGAACAGCAUUGGCUGCCUCUACUGGCUCUUGGCCAGGAUGGUUCUGCAGAUGAGGGGCACCAUCCUGCCUGGGCACAAGUGGGAUGUCAUGGUUGAUCUGUUCUUCUACAGGGACCCUGAGGAAGCCAAGGAGCAGGAGGAUGAAGCUGCUGGAGCCCCAGAGUAUACUGCAAUCACUGAUUAUGCCGCAGCAGCUGGCCAAUGGGGUGGUGACCAGUGGACCGCUGAUGCACCUGCUCCCCCACCUGUUACUGGUGGCGAGUGGCCGAUGGCCGAAGCUCCAGUUGCUGGUGGUGAUGGUGGAUGGGAUGCAGCAGGGGCACCUGUUGCUGUGGAAGGUGGCGUCGCUCCUCCUGUUGCGGCUGCUACUGGCUGGGAGGCUGGCGUGCAACCCGCUGCUCAAGGCUGGGAGUAGACUAGGAUGGCACCUUGAGAUGUCUUUGCGGCUCAAAGUUCAUAUUUUGUGAGGCAUGAAUGAAUAUCUGAUAUCGAUGCAGUCUGCUAUAUCUACCCUAUGGACAAAAACUUGUGUUUUAGGAUUUUCUAGAUGAACUUGUUAUCUCUGUUAUCGACAUUGGGAUGAGGGAGAGGGAGACUGAAAGUUGUGUUAUAAGUUGGCUUUCAA